AUGGCUCGUCCUCAACUCUACACCCAAAUCGACCGCCUGGUCGGCGAAUCGAACCUCCGCUCCUGGCAGUUCAACAUCAUCAAUCUGCUGGAACGAGAACGCUGUCUUCAAUUCCUUUAUUCGUCAAUCCCACCCCCUGUUGACCCUGAGGCCCUGGAGGUAUGGGAGGAGAAGAAGGCAGCGGCAAUGAGCACUCUUUCCACCAACAUUGAUCCUAGCCUCCUCGAUCGCCUUAAGGGCGGAGGUUGGGAUAUGAGGGAUCAAGACCCUCACAAGUUAUGGGAUGCAAUUAAUCGAACAAUUCCCAGGGUCUCGUUAGAUGCUGUUAUGGAUCUCACCCGUGAGUUCUGCAGGAUUGAAACUGGUGAUUUUCCAACCCUCUAUGCCUAUUUGGCUCGUGCCCAAACCCUCCGACGCCGCCUCUUGGAGAUCCAUGGCGUCGAUACACCUAUGUUCGUUCAUAUGCUCCUCAAUGGCAUUCGUGACCAAUAUCCUGCUUUGUUCGAGAAGCACGCGACGAUGAAGGUCUGCGACUGGCAUGACGUUGUGGCCGAUAUCACCUAUAAGGCUAACGGUCAAGAAUCUGCCUUCAACUCCAUGACUGCUGUGCAGGGCACCGGCAAUCGAAGCCAGAAAAAGGGUAAUUCCACGCCUACCACCGCUUCAGGUGCCAACAAGAAGCAUCCUGCCUGCCCUCACCAUCUCAAGGAAGGCAAGGAACUGUUCAACCACGCCUCCUCUGCCUGCUUCCUCAUUGAGAAGAAUAUACCAUCGAAGUGGUCCGGCGAGGCCCGCGACAGGGCCAUCAAGGCCGCCAGGGCUCACCGUUGCAAGUCAGAGGGGCACGGUGGCACAACAUAG